CAGAGACUUACAGAGAAAGAUCCUGGAACCGCUUAGAAACAGCAAAUACAGAUUUCCAUCAUGAAUAGGAAGAAGGACAGCAGCCAGAGCCAGACAAAUGACAUAGCUGUGCUGGUCAAUCGUAUGCAGGUGAAUUCUGACCAGGUGGAGAGAAAUAUACUGCGUGCCGAGGAGCUGCUGGAUAAGGACUCAGAGGCUGGGAAGAAAGGCCGUUUACUGAGUCAGCAAAUCGAUACGGCGGACAACCUGACCGAGGCAGAGACUUUGUUGAAGCAGCUGUUUAUGGAUGUGGACAAAGUGAAAAAAAUAUCACACCCGCAAGCUGCCGAGAUUGAACAGGAUGUGAGUCUUCUGCAUGAUCGCUGGUCAAACAAUUGCAAGAGGUAUCGGGAGCUGUAUAAGCAGAGUCUAGAGUUGGAUCUCUCUCCACAGUUUAACUGGACUCAGCUGCUUGCUACCAAACUGAGGCAGAUCCUGAAGGGGGAAUAUGGGUCAAACCUGUCCGAUGUGGAAAAGCAGAUAGCGACUCACAACAUCCUGCAUAAAGAGAUCGAAGCGUAUCGCUCACAGCUGGACUCAGGGGACUUGAAAGAGUAUACACGCCUCAUUGAGGAGUCACAGAGACGUAAAGGCUAUCUGUCCUCUCUGUAUGAUUACAUCUUGCGAUGUAAUAAAGAGGUCAGUUAUCUGACCGAGCAGCAGGACCGCAUCUGCAAAACCGACUGGAGCGACCUGAUUAGGGACCCAGCUGGAUUGCGUGUUGAGUAUGAGAGGUUAAAGAGCAAUGGAAUUCUAACCCAUGAGCGUGAAGUGACCAAGCUGCAUGAUGAAGCAGAUGCUCUGGUGGACAAAAAACAUCCUGGUUCCCAAGCUAUAAAGAAAAAUAAAGAUAAUGUACAGAAGGAAUGGCAGCAAUUCCAUAACCUCUGUCUCUGCCAGGAGGCUCAUCUGAACAAUGUGGACAUUUACAAAAAGUUCCAGCUGGAUACCGAGACCGUCUCAGAGUCUCUGAAGAGAAUCAACAAUACCAUGGAACCUUCGCUGCUGUCCAACAUGAGCAACUCUCAGAUCCUGAUGCAGCUCGAGGGAGAGGAGAGAGCGGUUAAAAGGAAUGAACGCAGACUGGCAGAGCUUAAAGAGCAGUGCACCAAAGUUCCUCCUCUGCCACUGCGCAGGACACAGUUUGGAAACUUUCCUGUGGUGACCCUGUGUGACUGGAGCACUGAUAAGGCAUCAAUAAAGCGAGGGGAUAAAUAUACUCUGGUAUCCUGCCCGAGGGAUGAACUAUGGGAGGUAAAGAACAGCCUUGGAGAGAAAAAACAGAUUCCAGGUGUAUGCUUUGCCAUUCCUUCUCCUGACACAGAGGCCAUUGAACGAGUUGAGAGCCUGGAACGGGACUUUGCUGGGCUAAAGAGAAGGAGAGCUUCUCUGCAAGCCUCUGUAACGACCCAGAGUACAGAGGUAGUUAGGAUUGUGCGAAGUGUGAGUGUGACGAGUCUUUCUGAGGAGUCUCGCCCAAGUGCUGUGUCUAAUCGUCUGGACCGACUCAUCAGUGAUCUUCUUCAGUUGGAGAACGAUGUGCUUGGCAGGUUAAGAGCUCCACUGUCUCGAGCUGAUCAUACCGGAGACCUUGCAACCCGAAUUCGAGAGCAUGAGAGAGCAGUCACAACUUUGAAAAAAUUGGAGGCAGAGAAAGCAUCGAUUGAGAGGGAAAUUGAGCCUUUUCUAUCAAGUAAACCUCUUGCCCCCAACACAGUGUCAUACCCUCCUAAACUCAGCACUGCAAAAAACAAGAUUGAAGACCUCAACGCCCUCACUGACCUCUAUGGCAAAAAGGCCACAGCUGUUAUGUCUUUGGAAAACCAAAUUAAGAAUGUAGGCAUGGAUCUGAUAGAGCUUGAGGAACAACUAGCCAGGGACACAAUCAUCCUGGACAAACUUAGUGCCAUUCAAGAACACAUUCAAUUGCUAAAGAACAUUGAAGAAGAUGUUGUAGCCAAACAGGAAGACUUCCAGAAACUGAACAAGGACCUUGAGCUUACUAAACAACUGUGUGGUCAUCUGCAAAAAAGUUUCCAUGAGUACUGUCCUGAUAUGAACCGGCAGGAAACAGAGGUUAGAAUGCUCAGGAACCGCUAUGCUAACACUAACAAUCAGCUACAACAGAGAUUGGCACUGAUGCAGGAGGUGACUGCUAAGUACAAAAGUUUUAAGAGUACUGUCCGUUCCCUCAAUGCAUUCAUGAAUGACCUGCCCAGCAACAAGAUGCUUUCUGAAGACACCAUGACUCAAAUCACCACUAAACAGAACUCGCAGAAGUGGGCCAUUGAAGAACUAAAGAGAAAAUCUGAUGAUAUUAAUCGCAUUUUGUCUCUCUCUCAUGAGCUACAGACCAUCCUUAAAGAAUAUGAGGCCAUUACCUAUAGGUACCGCAACACUAUAGUCAAUGAUGAGACUGAUAUGAAAAAAUGGCACUCUCUCACGUUCGCUGAAGCCAUCCAAAAUAAGGAAAGAAGUGUUGUGAAACGAUACCAUGAAUUGCUGGCAGAAAAUAUCCACGUUCUUGACCAAAUGAGACUGGCCAAUAGCAUCAUCAAUAAGAAUGAAGUGGUUGUAAGCCAGAUAGUGGUGCACCAGCAGAGACAAUUGGAUGAGGUAGAUGCCCUAAAGAAGGACCGUGCAGAUGAGAUCUCCCGGCGUAUUCAUGCUGAAAACGAACUGGAAACAUUCAGAAUUAGGUUGUUGUCACUCAGAAAUCGGCGUGGAGUCGAGCGAGUGGAAGAGAAGGAGACUGUGCAUUACUACCGUGAUCCCAAACUGGAGGCUGACCUAGAAAUAAUGAAGAAAAAGAUAGAGGAAGAGAUUUCAAAACAAACCGUAACUCACACAGAGAUUGAAAUAGUCAAUAAGAAAAUAAUCACUGUAGAGAAUGAAAUGUCCAACAUCAAGCCAAAGCUAGUGACCAAGGUGACGACUGAGUAUUCAAAGGAUCCUCAACUGGAAAAGGAAGCAGUGUUUAUCCGAGAGGAGAUGAAAAGGCUAAGAGAGGAAAUCAGGAUACGGGAAACUGAGAUAGUGCAGAGCAGCACAGAAAUCACUAUCUUGGAGAAAAAGGCACCGAUAAUAAGAGAAAGAGUGAUGAAAAAGGAAAUCAUAAAAUUGGAAAGAGAUCCUGAAAUGCUCAAAGCUAUAAUAAAGUUCAAGGAGGAAAUCUCUGAUAUUGGCCUCAGAUCCAAAAACUUAAGUGAGGAAAUCUUUCUGAUAAGAAGCCAGAUCAACAAACUAGAAAUAAUGAUACCCACUAUCCAACCUCAGAUAGUCAUUAAGGAAGUGAAGAAGGUAGAACAAGAUCCAGAGCUUAUUAAAGAGUCCAAAAUUCUUCGUACAAGCUUGGAAGAAAUACGCCAAGAAAUAAUUCUCUUGACAAAGGAGAUAAGUGUCUUUCAAGCUCGUUAUAGCCAAGUAGAGACAGUGAAGCAAAGGAUUGAGGUGAAGGAGACCAUCAACGAAGUCUAUAGAAUUGACCCUGAAACUGAGGCAGAUAUAAAGCGAUUAAGAAAAGAGAUUCAGGAAUGGGAAAUAAAACGUAGUGAAUUUGAGAAAAAGGUAACUGUGGUGAUGGUGGACCUGAGGAGCUUGCGUUCUGAGAAACCCAGGGUGGAAGUAAAAGAAAGCAUACAUGAAAUUAUAAAAGAGGAGAGGAGUCCAGAAAUAGUUUUUGAGAUAAAGAGGCUCAAUGAAAAUCUAACCCGCCUGCGGGACACUUACCAAGCUACAUUGGAUAAGCUGACCAUUCUACGCAAACAGAGAGAUGAGUUGAGGAUAGAGAAGUCCAAGGUAGAGAUACAAGUUGUAACAAAGGAAUUCAUCAGAUAUGAGAAGGAUCCUCUUCUGGAGAAAGAGGCUGAACAAUUGAGAAAAGAGGUACACGAAGAACAUCUGAUGUGUCGGACAGUAGAAGAAAACAUCUUUGAUCUUCGCCAGAAAUUCAUUGUGCUGGAGAAACAGAAAGUUGAAGAGAAGAUCAUAUACCAAGAAUUAAUAAUUCUCCAGAAGGACCCAAGCCAGAUUAUUGAGCAUACACGGUUAAAAAAGAAGCUAGAUGAGGAAAGCAAAUAUCGUAUGGAUUUAGAGGUUGAAGUGAAGAAAUUGAGAGCCAUUGUUUUGGAGCAGGAAAAGAGCAUAAGUCAGACAGACAUUCGGCAAAAGAAGAUUGUUGUUGAGACAGAGCUUAGGCAAAUCAGGACUCAAAUUCUUGAAUUUGAGAAUGGUCCACCUCCUGAGGGGAAAGUCAUUAUUGAAGAGGUCAUAAAAAUAGAAAGAGAUGCCAAAAUGGACAAGCUAAUUAUUGAUCUUCGCAACCAGAUUGAAGAGGAGAACACCAAGGUCAUUGCCAUGGAAAGGGACAUUCGAAACUUAAAGCUCAAAAUAGAUGUCCUUACAAAAGAGAAAUCUGUGGAGAAGACAGUCUAUAAGGAGGUAAUCAGGUUUGAGAAAGACCAAACUGUAGAGCUUGAAAGAGAUCGUCUAAGAGCGCAAUUAACACAACUCAGGAGUGUCAUAAGGAAUCAUGAGGAGGAAAUCCAACGCAUCAAUGUAAAAGUGACACGUAUUCAAACCACAGUUACUAACACCUCUGUAGAGGAGACCACACUUAUCUCAAAUAGGGAUGCACUGCUGAAAGAGAGGGAUGGACUUCUUCUGGAGUUGAAGAGAUUGGAAACUGAACGGCAAGAGAUCACUGUAACAUUCCAGCAGAAAACAAAAAUGCUUAGUGAGAGAACUCAAAUAUCUAAACAAAAGUUGUUAAGGUUGGAAGCUGAUAUAGAGAGUCUAGAGAAGAACAUCCUUACGGAGAAAGAAUUAAUACAAAGAAGGGAGACCACAAUCAUUGAACUGCAGGCAGCAUUGAAAAAGGAGGAUAAUUCUGAGAUGCACAAAAGUGAAACGACUAAGUCUACCAAAAUCACUAUUUUGGAUCCAGAGACUGGGAAAAAUAUGUCACCCUAUGAUGCAUAUGUGCAAGGUCUUAUUGAUCGGAACCACUAUAUCCACCUGCAGAACCUUGAGUGUAGUUGGGAGAUAAUCACAAGUAGUGGAGCUAAAGGAGAGAUCAGUAGUCUACAAGACCGCAAGAGUGGGAAGACAUACUCCAUCCAAGAGGCGCUGACAGAAGGAAGAUUGACCCAGUAUGAUCUCCAGCAGUAUAAGGAUGGCAAAAUUCCCAUCUCAGAACUUGCCCUCAAGGUUGCAGGUGAAAAGCACAUAAGUUCAGUCCCCAUACCAGUAACAUCCACAUCAACCUCAACCUCUGUGGUGAACAACUACAGCUCCUCAACACUGAAAAGGUCUUUAUCCAGAAGCAAUACUAACUUAAACACCAUCACUAAUGUAGACGAGACCUUCCCAAUCUCUGGUAUUUUUGACACCACGACACAAAGUCGCAUGUCUGUGAGGAGUGCCAUGACCCGUAAACUGAUUGAUCCAGACACAGCUCAUAAGCUUCUGGAAGCACAAGCAGCCACGGGGGGAAUUGUGGACAUCAACAAAAAGGAGCGCUACUCAGUUCACAAGGCGGUAGAACGCGGCCUCAUCGAACCAAGUCAACUGUCCAAGCUUAUCACUGCCCAGAAGGCAUUUACAGGUGUUGAGGACCCAGUAACCAAGCAGCGCCUGUCAGCAGGAGAGGCAGCUCAGAAAGGCUUUAUCCCAAAUGAGAAUGCCAGGCGGUACUUGGAAGCACAACUUCUAACAGGUGGUAUGGUGAACCCCAACAAAGCCGGACGAAUUGCCUUAGAGGAUGCCAUUAUUUUGAAUCUAAUUGACCAGAAAACAGCAAAGGAGAUUAAAGAUGAUGACAAAAUGCUGAAGGAUUUAAUCAACCCUAUGACGAAGUCAAAAAUGACAUACAAGGAAGCCAUGGCAAUGUGUACAAAGGAUCAGUCAACUGGACUCCUCCUGCUUCCAGUAGCAUCUACUGAUAUAAUAGAUUCCAACUCAUUCUCCACCUACAGGGUCACUUCUACCUUCAUUCGUUAGGGUGAAAUUAAUGCUUAACUUCAGAAGAAGCAAGACUUGGGGUAUAGGCUUUAAUGUUCAAAAAAAUGAAGGAUUUUGGGGUUACUUACUUCAAUUUUGAUUCCAUUAGUGAGUGUAUUAACAAUGAUGAGAGGAUACAUUGUACAUAAUACAAAAUUUGGGAAGAACAUUAAUAUAAGUCAUGCACCGCAUAACAUCUGUGGGGAAAGGGUCUGCAUACGUGUCUGAUUCCAUAAGGUUGUAAUUGAGUUUAAAAUGUCCGACUGGAGAUAGAAUUGUACAUGCAAAUGAAAUACAUAUAUCUCAUGUCUCUUGUAUACAUAGCAAAUGCGCUGGCAGUCGUAUAAAGGUGCAAUACAUAUAUACUGUAACUUAUAAAUGUAUUGAUAUUCGAAAUAGACUGGCUGUUGUAUGUGCUCUACCAUACUUUGUAUUAUUAUUAUAAUAUUCAUUAUUAUUAGUUUAAUGUACACCCUGUUUACACAAAAAAGUUUACAGUGUAUAAUAUGGUGCAUGUCACAGAAUGUGUCAUGGAUGUUAAGCGAUGCAUGACAGUUUACACAAAUAUAUACAUACAUACAUACAUACACAUACAUACAUACAUUUACCUAUUAUUUGGUGUUGUUAUUCUCCAUUUUUUUCUUGUUUGACUUCAUCAUUUGGCAGCUUUCAAUAAACUUUAUACAUUUGGGCCUUCUUUGGCUAUCUCUUA